AUGAAAGAUGUUUCCUCAGGAAAAGGACCCGGGGGUCUGGGUGCAGCUCUUGAGCUGGAUAAAGUGUUCAGUGAGAUGCCACAGGUGAAACAGCACAAGAUUACUGUGUUGGAACGAGCGGGAUCCAUCAGUGCUUACGAUCCCAACAAGGGAUUCAUGUAUCUCAUCUCUGGGAAGGGAUUGUUGUUCACUGACAGAUCCGUUCUCAAUGGAAACAGAGUCGACACGAGUGGCAAAAUCACUAAAGUGAAGUUCAACUUCUUUCCAACCAUAGGCAGUCAGGUGCCGUACUGGAUCACGAGGCAUGAGUUCAACUCGUUGCUGGGAGAUGCUGUCAUGCAGAGGCCUUCCAUAACUUUGAGAACAAGUUGCGAGCUUGUAGAUUUCCAGGCUCUAUCAACUCCAUCCCCCAAUGGAGGACAUCUCACUGCGAGGGUUCUCUCCUUGGACACUGGUGAGGAGGAGCUGCUGGAGGACUUCGACUUGAUCGUAGCAGCUGAAGGGCUGAAGUCGAGAGUGAGAGAGCUGCUCGUCGAGCGGGACAUGAAGGAGCAGGCUGGAGGGGCAGCGGGAGGAAGUGACCUGGUGUCGAGGUUCCAGAUGAAGGAGGUGUUCUCCCCAGCAGGAGGGUUGAGAUACAAGGUGCUGAAGCUGGAGCCUUCCUUCCCAGUGGCGGAGGCUGUCGACGAUCAGCCGAGGGUGGUGGCGGUGCCGGAGGAGACUUACUUCUUCACUUCCAAGUACACGGGCAAAGACCCCAAGCUCGAUACUCGUCUUGGGAUUCUUCCCAGGAAAGGAAUCGAUGGAUACAGGACAGCCAACGUCAUCACAAAACCAGAUCAUAAGAUCUGGAAUGACCCCAAGCUCUUCACGCUAGACGGCAUGAGGAGCUUCCUGGAGGACUGCUUCCCGCAGGUCCUCUGGAAGGAUGUAGUGAAGGAGGAGGAGCUGGAGAGAUUCGCAAAGAGCGAGGCAAGGGCAAGUUACAUCGUCAAGGACAGUGAGAGCGGAGCAGGAGUCGUCUUGCUCGGGGAUGCUCUACACUCGUUUCCUCCCGACUUGGGACAGGGAGUCAACAGUGCGCUUGCUGAUGCACUUUCCUUGGGGAAGAAGCUGGAAGACACAGCUCCUCUUACUUCAGGUAGCUUCGUUUCAGCUCUUCGCUCCUACGAGAGUCAUGUAGUCGCAGAGAGCAAGGCUCUAGUCCGCUUGAUGCAGAUUGGAAGUCCUUAUCAGUACAACCAGCCGGGACUUGUGGACAAGCUAGCGGCGACCUGCAUGCUUGCCAACUUGUUGUUUAGAGAACUCUUGUCCUCCAUUCCCUUCCUGGGCAAGAGAAUCUUCUGGCCGCAGGCCUCCCGCCUCACGCGCUAUGCGGGGCAAUGGACGUACCAGGAGAUGCUGCGCAAGGCCAACCGCACAACCAAGUCGAUCUUCGGGAUGUUUGCAAUGAUGUUGGCCAGUUUUCUAUUCUUUGCGAAACCGUUCUGA